ACACACGCGCGCGCGCGCGCGCUCGCACAAACACACGCACACACACAUACGCGCGCGCGCACCGACUUCUGUCAGUUGGACGUGCUGAAGUAGUGAAAUUAGUCCGACUACAAUUAGUCCUUUAUGGCGUGGAGUUAAAGAGUCGCUGAGAGCUGAAGCUGAUUUACUUCACUAAGGAUGACGGAGGAAACAAACUAAAGCCAAGCUGAUUUUGGGUACAUGGCAAAUUAACCAGCCGUGGGGAAAAACAAGUAAAAAAAAGUAAAAUGAUGAAGCUGCUGUUGGCCGUGGCAUCCAUGCAGAUACUUUUGGCUCCAGUAUUUACGGUGCCGAGUGGCGGUUACUGGGCCGAUUGGGGACCUUAUGGAGAGUGCAGCCGCUCGUGCGGCAUCGGUGUAACGGUGAGGACGAGACAGUGUGUGAGUCAGCGGACUGAUGGAGGUCGCAGUUGUGUGGGACCAGAUAAAUCCUAUCGCACGUGCAAUAUUCAGGACUGCCCUGAGGCUUCCAGAGAUUUCAGAGAGGAGCAGUGCUCUCAGUUUGACGGCACUGAUUUUCAUGGAAAAUUCUACAAAUGGUUACCUUACUAUGGAGCGGAGAACCAGUGUGAGCUGAACUGCAUCCCCAAAGGAGAGAACUUCUAUUUCCGUCACAAGAGCUCGGUGGUGGACGGCACACCCUGUCACCCGGGCAGGAGUGAUAUCUGUGUGGAAGGAGUGUGUAGGCGUUUAGGCUGUGACAGCAUGCUGGACUCUGGGCAGCAGGAGGAUGCAUGCCUGCAGUGUGGAGGGAACGGGCAGUCCUGCCACCUCAUUAGGAACUCCUUCUCCAUGAGGGAUCUACCCAAAGGUUACAAUCAAAUGUUUAUCAUUCCUGUUGGUGCUACCAGCGUCCGUAUCACUGAGCGUGUACCAACUCGUAACUACUUGGCCAUUAAGAACCUCCGUGGUGAGUACUACCUUAAUGGGCACUGGGUGAUCGAAUUCUCCCGGAGUACCCCCAUCGCAGGCACUAUGCUGUACUACCAGAGAGGAACAGAGGGUGAAAUGUCCCCUGAGACCAUCACCGGACGUGGACCGACCACUGAGCCUUUGGUGAUCGAGCUGAUAACUCAGGAAGCCAACCAGGGAAUCGAGUACGAUUAUUACCUGCCCAACAGCCGCCCCAGAGAAGGCCACUACUGGAGCUAUGGUUCUUGGUCUGCCUGCAGCAAGGAAUGUGGCUCUGGUUACCAGUCCCGUCUGGUCUUCUGCACUUUUGAUAACGAAGCCUACCCUGACUAUUUAUGUGCAUCUCUGCCUCGCCCUCUCAAUAACCGCACAUGCAACGAGCAACAGUGUCCCCUAACCCGCAGGAUGGCGUAUGUGUACCCACCACAAAUAUGGACUCCCAAGGAAGCAAGACAUGUCUAUGUUCAGGUCUACAGUUGGAAGGUCAAUGAAUGGACUCGGUGCUCUGUGACGUGCGGUGGGGGCACUCAGGUACGCCAAGUAGAGUGUGUGUCUCACGAUGUGUCUGGAAGACGGCCGGUAGAAGACUCUUUGUGUGAGGCUUACACUCCCAAACCCGUCAGCCAGCAAACCUGCAACAUGCAGCAUUGUGCACAGUACAGCAUGUCUUCAUGGAGCCAGUGCUCCGUGACAUGUGGCUCUGGAGAGCAGACAAGAGAGGUGAUGUGUGUGGGUUCAGCAGGGGGAAAUCGUGUUGCAGAUUAUAUGUGUGCCAGUCUUCCCAAGCCACCAAGCACACAGACCUGUGAGAUGCCUGUCUGCGUAACCCGGGUUGGCUGGCAUGUUGGUGACUGGGGGCUGUGUUCUAAGAGCUGUAGCUCGGGGCUUCGGGAGCGGCAGGUAAUCUGUUCAGACUCACAGAGAAACAUUUACGGGGUGGAGCAUUGUAACACCUUUCCCAAACCCUCUACUGUGGAGAACUGCAACACCCAGCCCUGCUACAGCCCUCAGGUGGUGCCCAGCAUGCAAGACACACGAGGAUACGACAACACUAUAUUCGGUUUCUACCCUUACAAUCCUGAGGAAACAACCACAGUUCUCCAGCGGGACGUUCCUUACUGCCAUCAGACAGCGUUUGGAUGUUGCCAUGAUGGUGUGACUCCAGCCAGUGGACCUCAUGGUCAGGGCUGUUCCCAAACAUCAUCCUGUAUCCACACCAGGUAUGGCUGUUGUCAGGACAGUGUGACUCCGGCACAUGGACCCAAUAAGGAGGGCUGCCCAGAAUAUGACCUCUCUGUCCCAGCUUCGGAGCAUAAGGUGUGCGGCAGGUCCACAUAUGGCUGCUGUUUUGAUGGAGUGACUACAGCUCGUGGUACUAAUGGAGAAGGCUGCCCUGUUCCACCUGGCAGGGCUCAGCGUGCUCCAUGUGAUCUGCCCCACACGGCUGGGUUGUGUGAUGAGUGGACUGCUCGAUAUUACUACGACCCUGCCUCGUCCCGCUGCGUACACUUCUGGUACGGCGGCUGCCCUGGCAACAGCAACAACUUCGCCACUAUGGAGGAGUGCCAGCAGACCUGCCAGAACCAGAGGACUGUCUCCACAUCACACAGCACUGAUUGGAGCCAAAUCUGGCCAGGUGAUAGCACAUCUCUGCAAUCCCAUCGCCACUGGUUUCAAUCGGCGGGGCGCAGGCCAGCGCAAAGAGAUGUGCAGGCUAGCAGCCCUAAUAACAGUUGGCCUGCUGUGGGUGUGAGUAUAGACAAGUCGGAUCCAUCUACGGUGGAGGGUAUAGUGGGCCAGUGGGUGGUGUUGCCGUGCAAAGUGAACCCACCUCCAUCCUCUACUGUGACAGUCGAGUGGAGAAGAGACGGUGUUCUUCUGGAUCCUUCCAGACAUAAACAGCAGCCGAACGGCUCACUUUUUAUGGGCCCAGUAAGGAUUAAGGACUCUGGCUGGCUGUUAUGCGUGGCUACACGACACCGUGAGCGAGAUCACCGCUACAUUUAUCUGUCUGUCUCAGAGCCAAAAGAUGGGGCAGGUAGACCAGAUUCUGCAGACUCGGUAAUUGUCCCUGCAAGGUUCAGUAUUGACCGGUCAGAAUCGGCGCUGCUAAAUGCUCGUGCAGGUCACAUUGCAAGGCUACACUGCACGAUCCUCCCUGCUUCAGCUGCUAAUUCAGUCAUCAUACAGUGGACAAAAAAUGGAGCUGCUCUCAACACACUCAGGCACUCUCAGCACUCAGAUGGCACCCUGGUAAUUAACAACCUCACAUCUGACGAUUCAGGCAUCUAUACCUGCACAGCCUCCAGCAGUCAACAGCUGGAGCAACUGCAAAUCCAGCUCAGAGUCUCAGGGGACCUGAAGAUCACCACAGCUCCCAGUAACGUGCAGGUGUCCCAGGGAGGCGUGGUUCGGCUCCCGUGUGUAGCAUCUGGAGAAAAUGUCAACAUAGCUUGGUCCAGGAACGGCGUGCCAGUGAGAUCUGAUGGGCAUUUGGUGCAGGUGUCAGCAGAUGGCACUCUGACCCUCUAUAAUGUGCAGACUGCAGACGAGGGCUCGUACACCUGCAAUGCCUACGCUGGCACACAUGCUGUCAGUGCCACUGCUGAAAUUCGAGUAACCAAAGAUCAAGACGGACAGAGCUUGCCUCCCGAUUGCGUGGACGAGCCAGAGUUAGCCAACUGUCUGCUAAUCGUCAGUGCACGCCUGUGUGGACACAAGUACUAUUCCAGCUUCUGCUGUGCCAGCUGUUACAACUACUCCAUAGGAAAGGGCAGGCCUGGGAGACAUGGCUAGGGAUGAGUGUCCAGAACUAACAGUCUCUCCUGCUCUUCUGAAAUGAUAUGCCACUGCUGGGAACAUUUCUACACUGCUCUCUGCUUAGAGAAGCAGACUUUCAGAAAGCUGAGGCCAGAUCAGCUGUGAGAGACGGAAUAAUUCUGCUCCAAGAGUAAAGAGGACCAAUUUGGCAUGUGCAAAAUUUUAAUGUUUUGUAAAAGCAGUUUUAAUUCAUCUUAUGGCUGACAAACAUUUUUAUUAUUAUUGUAUAUGCAUUUUUAUUUAAAAUGACGUACUGAGCUUUUAUAUGUUUUGAAUGUACGGUGUCUUUCAUGCGAAUCCCAUGUAGUAUUUUGUCUAAGAAACUGCAUAAUAGAUAAUAAACACACAGACACAUUGAGAGUUAGAUUAAUUUUAACGGUCUCUAUUUAAGUUCACAUGAAUAGUUUAAGUAAAAUUCACCCAGAACUUUAAUUACGUCUUGUUCCCAAUGACAAUGAAAAUUCGUUUUAUAUAUUUUAUAUGAAAUUUAAUAUUUUAAAAUAUUUUAUAUAUAUAUAUAUAUAUAUAUUUUUUUUUUUUUCACAUUGUCACAUAGGCAGCUUUACAGGAAUAUAUAAAUUCAUGAUAUACCUUUUUGAUAUAUACUGUAUGGUCUCAGGUUACUACUAUUACAAUACCGUCAUUUCGGUUCAGGCUUGAGGUGGAUCUGGAUAAUGUCCCCAGAACACUUAGAGCAAAGUCAGAAUUCACUGUGGAUAUAUCAUCAGACCAUCACAGGGCACCAUACACACACUAGCAGGCAAUUUAUGCCGUGUUUGACUUACCUCAGCAGUGCAAUGUUGGAAUUGUUUACUUGUGUGUGCUCAAGCGACAAAAUGGUCACUGUUACAGAUUUAACAAGCUAAUCUGUCUGUAUGAUGUUUCAAAUACUUUUGUAUACAGUGUAACUAGUAUAAAGGUAAAGAAAUGUU